AUGCAGCGGUCUUCACAAGAGGCCAACGUGAUUGGCGCCCCAGAUGCUGCCGACGAUGAGAGCCAGGAUGUGCCCAUGCUUCCCCAGCUUUGGGGCUUCCCAGUGCUGGAGACGCUGGAGAGCAAAACAGGCAGAAGAUUCUGCAGCAGCCGCGCAUCUCGCAUAGCUCUUCUGUUGUUGCUGGUGUUCCUGGUGUGUUGUGGCUGCAUCCUGUCCUCCGUGCUCGUCACCGUGGCGGCGCUGUCGCGGCUGUAUCGGCGCCCCGCCGAGAUGUGCCCUGGGUACCUGCGGCACGCGCUGUGCAACUGGGGCGAGGCCUUCGGCGGGUCUUCGGGGCCCAAGGCGGCGCUGGCCAUCUCGGAGGCCAACGCGCUGUGGAGGCCCAACGAGACCAGCGCCAUGGCGGGGGCCGUGGCCCGGCUGCAGGAGUUGGGACCUCGGGCAGACCAGGACUUCUGCGACUUUGUGGAGGAUUGGAUGCCCAGACUGGGCUUCAACGGGCUCAUUGACCUCGUGGAAGCCUUAGAGCAGGCAGACGAAAGUGGGGCCAGCGGCGUCUGGGACGUGAGCCUGGAGGAUUUGCCGCAGGGUGUGCUGAAUGCAGCUGAAGACUGGAAGCACGACCUGGGCUCCUAUGUCGUUGCCCGCCUACAGCAGCAUCCUGUGCCGCACCGAGACAUGUACUUGGAAGAUGCGGUGGAAGUGGCUGGAUCUUUGAAACUGGGCGGGGCACCUUUGCAUGCCAUGACCUGGACGAGUAUGCUUGACUUCGUCCGAUCGCGUGGAAACGCCACGGGGCUUUGGAGCUUUGUCCAGGACAACAUUUGCUUCCGCUUCCAGGAGCUGCCCGAGCUGUUCGUGCACUGCAUCCAUGGCCUGGGGCAUGGGGCAAUGGCGUCGGCUGUGCUGCUGUCAAUGGACGAGAGACAGCGGAAGGAGUUUGAGGAUUUGCAGCCGUGUCCCCAACUCCGAGAUGGCACCUCAGACCUGCGUAUGUCGUCUCAAAUGCUGAAAUCGGCGCUGGACAUUUGCGCCACGGCCCCCGCGAAGCAGCUUGGCUAUGUCUGUGCUGGCGGGGUCUUCAUGGAGUUUUGGAAGUCCCGGGGCGACGAGUGGACGCCCAAAUAUGACGACACCUUCUCAGCUCCGGUGAGGAUUCAGGAGGCAUGGCUGGCUCCGCAGGCACCGCCAGAUGGAACCCAAGAUGACGACUGGAGGUUCGAGCACACCUGCGCCUUUGCUGCCUUUCCAGCCACCUGCUUUCGCUUCGAGCCUGGUUUGGGGGCUGAGGGUCAGAAGGAGCGCUUCAAGGGUCUGGAGGAUGUGUCAGUGGAGGAGCCCUGCACCCAAAGCGCCUGGAGCUCGCAGGUGGUGUGGGGCCGCAAGCAGCUGCGCGGCUGCAUCCUGGGCCGGGCCUUCAACCUCUACAUGGACUUCGACACCUGGCGCCACGGGACGUUCGCCCAGCACACCGGCAAGACCAGCCGUCAACGGCUGAAAACGCUGCGGGAGUGGUGCAGCAUGUACGAGCCCCCAGGCGCCAUGGCGCCAAUCAACAGCUCGUUUCCUUUCCAGCUGAAGCGGCCAGUCUUGCCGCUAGUGCGGAGCUAUGGCAACUGGCUGGCGUGCAUUGCAGGAUGCAUGGCAAAUGUGGCCUUCAUUGUGGAGAAUGAUGCCGUUGAGGACUCUGUGGUGGAGGACCACUGCCAGCAGAUCGAGGAUCAGCGUGGGCGGCGGCUUUGUGUGGAGAUCGGGCUGAGUCGCCACUUAAGAAAUGCAUCAGAGAUGCACAUUUGGCCGACAGACAUCCUUGAGAAUGACCAGGUUCUCCCGGACUAG